AUGAUUUUGCAUCAGCAGGUUUCCAUGGACGCUUCUUGGAGCACGCCUGCAUCGUCAGGAAUCCGCGUUCCGCGUGCAGACGCGUCAAUGUCAGUGGAUUUGGGCACGCCGUAUCAUAGCUGGCGCGAGGGACAGGAAGCAGAUUUGACGUACAGGAUCAUGAGCAAAUCUCCCGCAUAUUCCCCGUUUCACACCAAAGACAAUGUGACCGGUAUGGAGGAGGAUAAAGAGCAUCAGGAAGUAGGGGAUCAGGCGGCAGAUUACUUGGAGGAGGAUUGGAUGCAUCCAGUCGCGGACCUGUACAAGUCCACCGCACGAGAUCUUGAUGCUACCGAGAAUCCUUUGCAGGUUGCCCAGCCAUUGUCAGAGUUUGUCAUGCAGGCGCUCGACUUCCACCUGGCGCAGAUGGAGGGCAAAGACUCCUUGUAUUCAGCCAUCGGAUCGUCCUACCUAUGGCCACUUUCGCCUCUGAGAAAUGUGCAAACGAAGGCAGCGGGGUUUUCCGAACUUGAGUCAAUGCUUUACCCACCAUCGUCAAUGAUCAUCGCAGAUGACGACAGUUUCGAUCCUGCUCUCUGCCACCUCCGGAGGAUUUUGUUCUGGCUCGAAAGCGACUGUGUUGGGAUCAAAGAGCUAGAGGAGCAGCUGGAUCAGUGGUUUCGUGGGAUCAGCGGCAUGCGGUCGGACUCAAAGAAGCUUGAGUUCUCAGAAGAGCUUCUCACCCUUCAGGGCUGCUCCUCUCAAUCGGCGCUAAUCAGCAUGACGUCCAUGAGUGAGAAUGUUGCGAGACCACCUGGCCAUGACUGA